UUCUCUGCGGGGCUGCUGCUGAGCUCUCUCCCUGAGGAAGCGUGGCCUUGCGGGCCGAGGAAGAGGGGCUGCGAGGGAGGGGCAGCGAAGAGAUCUAUAGCUUCUUUGAGAUGGUAGGACUGGGAAACGGCCGUCGAGGGAUGAAGUCUCCACCUCUUCUAGUAGCAGCACUGGUGGCUUGCAUUAUUGUUUUGGGCUUCAAUUAUUGGAUUGCAAGUUGCCGCAACAUUGAUUUGCAGAAUCAUAUAAUGGAACUAGAAGGCAGAGUCCGCAGGGCAGCAGCAGAAAGAGGUGCUGUUGAACUAAAAAAGAAUGAAUUCCAAGGAGAGCUACAGAAACAGAGGGAGCAGAUUGACAAUAUCCAGAACCUGCAUAACUUCCAGAUGGAGAAUGCUAAUAAAAUAUACAGGGAUGAGAAGGCUAUGUUAAUGAAUAACAUCACAGUAAAUGAGAAAUUGAUCCAGAACUUCCAAGAGCACUUGAAAGAGUUGCAGAAGGAAUAUGGGAAACUCCAACUGGAUGUAUAUCAGUUUCAGAAAAACCAGACUAACCUUCAGAAGAAAUUUACAUAUGACAUGUCUCAGUGUAUCAGUCAGAUGAAGGAACUGAAAGAACAAUGUGACGAAAGGAUAGAAGAAAUUACAAGAAAAGGCAAUGAGAUACCACAAAGCAAAGAAAAAACCAUGUCUGAAAAGCAUUAUCAGGUUAAUAUUCCAGUACCAACAUUUGGACAACCAGAAUUCCAACAGCAUGACCUGACAAAACAAGGAAAUAAACCUGAAGAAAAACAAAAAAUAUCUGAAAACUCAGCUGCUUUAGAGGCACCAAAACCAACACCCUUCAUAAAAAAUGUAGCAGAACUGGAUUAUUACAAAGACAAAGGAAAUGAUGAUGUUGUUGCCAUAAAUAAAGAAGAGCCCUCAAAAGAAGAAGAAAAGCAUCCUGCUGAUGAGGACCAUCCACCAGUACUUGCUAAGCCUAGCAGAGAUAACAAGGAACUGCAUCCAGAACCUGGCACAGAACAGAAUCCAUAUGAGGAUAUUAGAAACGCACAGGGUGAGGUUUUAGUAGAAGGGCAGAAUGGCAGAUGGCCAGAACCUGUUGGACAUCAAGAUACCAAUCAGGCAAAUACAGAUGAUGAAGAAGUUGAACGAGAGCAACUGUUAAAUGAUGAUCUGCAGCAGGAUGACCAGGAGAUCAGUAAGGAUGGUGAACUGGGAAGCAAGACAGCAAGACAGCGUAACAAAAGCACAGACUAUAAUUUGGUGGAUAUGAAUGAGGCAGAGUCUGAAACAGAUAAACAAGCUGCCCUUGUUGAACAUUAACAUACUCUGAAUGUAUCCUGAAUAUCCAUAUAUGCAGAAUUACUGGAACAUCAACAGAAGCUGUGAAGAAGGAGGUCAGCAUGUGACACUGCAAAAAACAGUUGAAACCAGCUCAGCUCCUCAAAGUUUGAAAAGCCCAAAUAGAAUCUCACUGCUAGGAUUUGUUUAAAUUAGCUGUUACUCUGUUAAGAAUUGAAUCCUGGCUUUAAACAAAAAGUAGUAAUAUAGUGGUAUUACACACGAAUUUUGCUGUUGUAACAUUUCAGGAGGAAGAAAGUUGUCUGUGCUGUUAGUCUUCAGAAGGCUAUUUUGGUUUUUUUUCUAGAAAACCAAACCUUGUCUGGAAGUUGUUAGUGGAAGUUCAUAAGUGACCUUUAGCUUUAGAAAUACUGCUAAUGCCUCUUCCAGCAACCCAAGUUAGGUAAAUUUCUUUGAAUAACCAUUCUAUGUUUGUAGUUU